AUGCUGUCAUCAGUUAUCUUUCUGUCUAUAUUGGAAAUAUUUAGAGAAUCGUACUCUAUGGAGUGUUAUGUGUGUAGGAAUCAGGAAGGUAACAAAGAUAAGUGCAUAAAAACUACAAUGCAAUGUCUUGAAGAUGAGCACUCGUGCAUAACAAAUAUAUCGUACACAAUUCCUCCAUACUGGUCACCGAUGGGAGAACGUACUCACUUUUUAUGGAAGGCUUGUAUUUCUACAGAGGAAUGUGAACGGCAGAAGAAAAUCGCUGGGAAAACUUGUCAACGUGAAUGGUAUAUGGAUUGGAGAUGUGUAGAAUGUUGUCAAGGUGAACUGUGUAAUUAUUAUGCUACACUAUCGACAGUUCGUAUGCGAUUGGACAGGAAUUUGAUUCCUUUUUUUGUUAUAUUUUUUAUCAUUUAUCAUUUGUUUUAUUGA